AUGCUGGUAGCGAAUACAGUUGGUGCCGUAGUAGACAUCAUCUUUAAUUUGCCACUUGGCAAACUUGACGCUUCUCAUGCAUGGCUUGACUUGUUGACGUAUACGCUACAAAUUUAUUUCGAUUUCUCAGGGUAUUCCGAUAUGGCUAUUGAUCUUGCUCAUAUGUUUGGCAUUCAAUUUCUUGAAAAGUUCAAUUAUCCGUAUGUGUCUCGUUCAAUUCGAGAAUUCCGAAGACGUUGGUAUAUUUCAUUUUCAAAUUGGUUUCGCAAUUACUUAUAUAUUUCACUUGGUGGCAAUCGCGUCUCAGAAAGUCAUAUCUAUUUAAAUCUUUUAACUGUCUUUUUACGUGGUGGUUUUUGGCAUGGUGCUAGUUGGAAUUUCAUCAUUUGGGGACUAUUUCAUGAAGCAUUCUUAGUAUUAGAACGCACUACAAUAUUCACAUAUACGCUACAGAAAAAAAUACCAGAGUUUCCAACAUUUGUAUACGCUAACUGUAAUAUCAUUGGGAUGGAUAUUUUUCCGAUCGCCAACUGUGAACCAUUUGAUUGGAUUUACUAG